AUGGCCUUGGCUCCCUGUGGCCCGCAGCAGCCAGCCAUCCCCGUGGGCUUCGGAAGGCGCCCAGAGCGCCCGCUUUUCCCUGCCCCGCGCGCUGCGCGCGUGCCGCGGGCGGAUGGGGCCGACCACGGAAGACAUGACGACAUCUCCGUGGCCGUGGUGGGUGCGGGCCCUGUGGGUUUGCUGACGGCUCUGGCGCUGGCCCGGCGCGGCUAUCGCAAGGUGCGUGUGCUGGAUCGCCUGCCUCAACCCCCUGGGCCGGAGGAAGAAGUUUGGGGCGAUCCUGAUCGCUCCUACAACCUGGGCCUCGGAGGUCGCGGUCAGCGUGCGUUGCUGCGCUUCGGCGCCAUGGAGGUGGUGGAGCGCUUCAGCCGCACCGUGGUGGGACGCAAGGAUUGGUCCAGCGAGGGCGAACCCAAGAUCACUAUGAACAACCGCCGCUUCAUGACCAAAGUGAUUGCCAGAGACAGGUUGUCGAGCUGUCUCUAUCAGGAGCUUCGAGAGAAAUAUCCGGACGUCGAGGUGCAGUUCUCCACUGAGUGCACCGCAGUGGAUUUCCACCACGACACCGCGAAGCUCCAACUGCAGCGCUGCGGGCCGCCACUGGCCACAGAGGGCUUGGCACAAGAAGAGUCCUGCGAUGUCACAACGGAGUCGGUCAAGGAGAUGGAGGUGGCCGCGGUGGAUGUCCCCUUCUGCGAUGCCGAGUGGCUCAGUGUGGUGGGAUGUCCUCCGGAGGAGCACGGUAUCUCCUGGGAGGCCUUUCUCAUCGAUGCCUGUCGAAACUGUGUUCCUGACGAGCCCUGCCAAUUGGAUUUCCAGGACACGGCCUUCAAGUUGGCCCAGGAGAUCACCAGCAGCGCGGACGAGGUCGUGCAGAGCUUUCGCUGCGCCCCGGGGCUGCUGAGUGCCAUGAUCAUCAUCGCGCAGUAUUUCCUGGUGAACGAGCCUGUGCCGGAAGUGUUAGAGCUACUAGGCAAAGUUGCCUCUUUAGCGCCCUUCCCGUUUUUCACAUCGCAGUAUAGUCGCUAUGCCAACAUGGUGUCCUUGGGACUUUUGAUGUGCAAUCCGGAGCAGCACAACUCACACAGAAUCUACAACAGGUAUGUACCGCGGGUCCACGCGGAAGACUCGGGCCUGUGUGGCCUGGUCUUUACGGAUGACCAGCUUGUGAGGCGCUGCAGGUCCUUCCGGAAGAACGCCGCUGUUGCAAAGCGCUUGGAAGAGACGCAAAAGGCUUUCGACAGCAUUCAGUGCCCCAUGGUCGAUCAGUUGCAAGUGGAGGAACAACUGGGCAAAAAGAUCCGAAAGUACGAGGACCGUGCCAACUCGUUGCAAUGCCAAGACUCAAGAGGCAUGUGGCACCAAGCAAUGAGCGAUGUUCACAAAUGUGUGCUGAUCAGCGUGGGUCAUUGGCUCCGCUUUCGCCCCGGAGAACUGGUCUUGGACUGGGGAUCAGGUUGCGGCCAUAAGCUUUCGUGGGCCAAGAUGCUCUUCGAUGUGGAUGGCAUUGGGGUUGAGAUCCAGGAACCUGCUGUGCGUUGGGCGCAGCGCCACUCUGCUGGGAAGUUCUGUCACGGGGAUGGCCGCAACCUGACAUGGCUCCCAGAGGCCACCUUUGACCAUGUGCUGUCGUAUGCCUCGAUCUACCACUUGGAGAAGGACGAGCAGUGCAGCGUUGGCAUCCAGCUGGUGCGCAAGCUGAAGAUCGGAGGUCGCGCCUUCCUGGGCUGGAACCAUGGCCCAGUAAUGAGCAACUGGGAGUGGUUGAUGUGCUUCGAAGAUAGCCAAAACAUUGCCAAAACGAAUGGCAUCGCUGAAAGCGGCGUGAAAGUUGACUUUGACGCUGUUGAAGAUGGAUACCUCUUUCCCCCACAUACCAAGGUGCUGGAGGCCGACCUGGUCCUGGGCUGCGACGGCAUCCGCUCGGCGGUGCGGCAGGCGCUGCGGACGGCGGGGGCAGACGUCGAGCAGCAGCGCUUUGCGGAUCGGCGCCCCAUCGUCUACCGGGUCUUGGCCAUUCCGACGGGCAAGGAUGACAGUACUGAGUUGAAUUACAGUGUCCGGAAGGACAAUGUGAUCGUGGAGGCGCUGCCCAACGUGGAGGGCAACCUGCUGGGCGUGGUCCUGUUCCGCCCUACGGACGAACGUAUCGAGGGCUUGAAGUCAGGAGCUGAAGCCAAGAAAAUUUUCGAGGAGCUUUUUCCUGACUGGCCAACACCCAUGAUCAGCGAUCAAGAGUGGGAGAAUUUCGCGGCUCGAAAGACGCGGCAACUGCCGCAGUUCGCCUACACGGGGCCGGAGCUGAACCUAGGUGGCAAGUGUUGUCUCUUGGGUGAUGCGAUCCACUCGGUGAAGCCCUUCUUUGGUUUGGGUUUGAACAGCGGUUUUGAGGACAUCAGUGUGCUGGACCAAUGCCUGGAGGAUUGCAACUCAGACCUGUCGAAGGCUUUGCCGUUGUACACGAGGCGAAGGGCUGAGGAGGCCAAGUGCCUGGUGCAAUGCCAGCGGCGCUUCGACCAGGCCACCGACUUGCGCUUCGCUUUGGCCUUUGUCUUACCCAUUGUUUUGGAGACACGGCCGAAGGGCGACACCAUUUUCCGCAAGCUGCUGCCCAGCAUCUUUGCACCUGGCCUGCUGGCGCUCUUCCAAGACGGUGAGCUCACCUUCACCGCGGCCAAGCGCCGAAAGCAGCGCGAUCGCAUCCUGCAGACCAUCAUCAUCUUGGCCUUCCUCACCCUGCUGUGCUGCGGCAGCUUCUGGGCCCUGCGCGGCGUCACGCGAUUUCUCUGGCGCUGCCUGGCGCCGCCGGUGCAUGGCUGGCUGCACCAUGAGCUCAUGUGA